AUGCGGAUUAGGAUCGCUCAUGAGUAUGAAGAACUCUAUAUUCGGCACUUCGGACGGAGCACGCUGCACUUCUGCAAGGAAGCUUCAGUCGGAGAUUGCCACUCCUCCACUGACAGCCUUCCAAUCAAUGAUUUAAUCAGCGAGGUUGGUGCUCUACCAGAAUACCCCCACCGGCCUGAGCGCGAGUCGUCAUACCGACACCCGAUUAGAAUAGCUUCCAUUGUCAGAGGUUCAGAAGUCCAGAGCCUGGGCGUUUUGUUGAAGUCCAACAGUGUCAAGUUGGUACUUUAUAACCUGAUCAAGUAA